AUGCUGUUCGGUCUCAAGAAUGCGGGAGCGACAUACCAACACCUGGUUAACAGAUUGUUCAAGAACAAAAUCUGGAGGAACAUGGAAGUCUAUGUAGACGAUCUGCUGGUUAAGAGCAAGAAAGCCGAACAGCAUCUUGAUGACCUUCGUGAAACCUUAAUGGUGUUGAGAAAGUACAAAAUGAAGCUCAACCCUCAUAAAUGCGCCUUUGGGGUGGAAUUAGGGAAGUUCCUGGGCUUCAUGGUUUCUGAACGAGGAAUCGAGGCCAAUCCCGAAAAGAUCAGGGCCAUCAUGGAUAUGCCUCCACCGAGGAAUAUCAACGAAGUUCAGAAGCUAACAGGAAGGAUAACCGCCCUGGGCCACUUCAUCGCCAGGUCAACCGACAGGUGCCUUCCUUUCUUUGGUGUCCUCCGAAAAGCACGAGAAUGGGAUGAAGACUGUAGUAGAGCUUUUGACGAGCUGAAGGAGUACUUGGUUCACCCUCCGCUACUCAGCCAAACCACGCCUAGAGAGAACCUGACCGUGUACCUGGCGGUGUCACCUAAUGAAGUGUCUUCUAAACCCGAUACUUCGGGUCGGAUGACUAACUGGGCGAUUGAGCUAAGCGAGUUCGAGGUCGAAUACUUCCCACGGAUGUCGAGAAAAGGACAGGAAGCGGAUUGGCUAGCUAAGGCGGCCUCAGGGCAAGAAGAGGUCCCGCUCCCGGACCAUGUCGUUGUCCAAACUAUUGAUAUAGCUACAGUGAAAAUUCGGGUGUCAGCUAUCGAGGUCCUACAGCCCUCGGAAUGGGCCACGGAUAUUUUGAAAUUUCUUCAAGAGGGAAUCCUUCCGAACAAUCGGGAGGAAGCCCGAAAGAUUAGGAACCGAGUAGCCAGAGUUUGUGGGAAUCACGUGAGUGGGAGGGCAUUAGCAUUACGAACUGCUCGGACGGGAUACUACUGGCCUAAUGCUCACAAGGAUGCUUACGAGUUCGCCCGGAAAUGUCUUAAAUGCCAGAAAAAUGCCCCUAUACCUCUUUGUCCUCCCGAAAAAUUUACUUUUGUCACUGCCCCAUGGCCCUUCGCCCAAUGGGGGUUGGAUCUCAUUGGUCCUCUCCCAGCAGGCAAAGGAGGGGCAAAAUAUGUUGUGGUAGCAGUAGACUAUUUUACCAAAUGGGUAGAGGCGGAAGCUUUAGCGACAAUCACAGCUUGGGCAAUAACAAAUUUCCUCUGGAAAUCCAUAAUCUGCAGUUUCGGUAUUCCCCAAAGCCUCAUCUCCGAUAAUGGGAGACAAUUUGAUUGUUCUCACUAUCGAGAGUGGUGCUCAGAGCUCAAGAUCAAGGCUAAGUACUCAUCUUCAGGACAUCCGCAAGCCAACGGUCAGGUAGAAGCAACCAAUAAGACGUUACUCAACAUCUUAAAGAAGAAGCUGGGAGCGUAG